UUCCAUAAGAGUGUUCGAUUUCUCUUCUACUUAUUUCUAGGGUUUCUCUCAAACACAUUCUCAUCUUUUUUCUCUAAGGUUUCUUGCAUUUGAAUUGAAGCUAUUGGUUCCAAUGCCACUUCCAGCGAAACCAAUGAGGGACUCCGACGAGUUGGCGAGCCCUUCGAACAACCUGUGGGUGGGGAAUCUGGCGCCGGACGUCACUGACGCCGAUCUCAUGGAACUUUUCGCCAAAUACGGUGCGCUCGAUAGCGUAACUACUUAUUCCGCUCGCAGUUAUGCCUUCAUAUACUUCAAGCGCGUCGAAGACGCCAAAGCCGCAAAAAACGCUCUCCAAGGAACCUCUCUCCGCGGCAGUUCCUUGAAGAUUGAGUUUGCCAGACCGGCAAAGGCAUGCAAACAGCUUUGGGUGGGUGGUAUUAGCCCAGCUGUUACAAAGGAAGAUUUGGAAGCUGAAUUUCGUAAAAUUGGUAAAAUUGAGGAUUUUAAAUUCUACAGAGACCGAAAUACGGCAUGUGUUGAAUUUUUCAAUUUGGAAGAUGCUUCUCAGGCCAUGAAAAUAAUGAAUGGGAAAAGAAUAGGUGGGGAGCAUAUUCGUGUUGACUUCCUUCGAUCCCAAACUAUAAAAAGGGAUCAGUUGCUUGAUUAUGGGCAGUUUCAAGGAAAAAGCUUGGGACCUAGUGAUGCUUAUUCUGGACAGAAAAGACCGCUGCAUUCACAGGCUCCAAUGGGGAGGAAAGGCGAUGGUCAACCAAGUAAUGUUUUAUGGAUUGGUUAUCCUCCUGCUGUUCAGAUUGAUGAACAAAUGCUCCACAAUGCUAUGAUUUUAUUUGGUGAAAUUGAGAGAAUCAAGAGUUUUCCCUUGAGGAAUUAUUCUACUGUAGAGUUUAGAAGUGUUGAUGAAGCCCGACGUGCUAAAGAGGGCCUUCAAGGGCGCCUUUUUAAUGAUCCUCGAAUAACAAUUAUGUAUUCCAGCAAUGACCUAGUACAUGGCAGUGAUUAUCCUGGCUUUUUUGCUGGAAGUAAUGGACCUAGGCCUGAGGUAUUGCUGAAUGAGAAUCCAUUCCGACAAUUACAAAUAGAUGCUUUUGGCCAUAAUCGUCCAAUGGUUCCAAAUAAUUUUACUGGUCAAUUACCACCUACUGGUGUUAUGGGUCCAAAUGUACCAUUGCGACCUUUUGGUCCCCACAGCGGUGUUGACUCUGUUAUUUCUGGCCCUGAGUUUAAUGAGAUUAAUGCCCUCCACAAAUUUCAGGAUGGUAGCUCCAAGAGUAACAUGGCUCCAAACUGGAAAAGGCCAUCUCCUCCUGCACCAGGUAUGCUUUCUUCUCCUGCACCAGGUGCUAGGCAUCCUACAAGGUCAACCACCGGUGCAUGGGAUGUACUUGACAUAAACCAUUUUCCUAGAGAUUCUAAACGUUCAAGGAUUGAUGGACCCUUACCUGUUGACGAAGCCCCAUUUCCAUUGAGGAAUAUAGAUGAUCGUGGGUUAGCUCUGGAGCAAUCUUAUGGGACAGAUCCAUCAAUUGAUGGAGGUGGUUCUGGUCCAUUUGCAAACAUUCAAGGAAAAAAUCACCUUGGUCCAUUGAACUCAAGGAUUAUAACUGGAGUACAUGGUAUGGUCCAACCUGAUAAUGAUCAUAUUUGGCGUGGAAUCAUUGCAAAAGGUGGAACUCCUGUUUGUCGGGCUAGAUGUGUACCAAUUGGGAAAGGGGUUGGGACUGAGCUUCCUGAUGUUAUUGAUUGCUCAGCUAGGACGGGAUUGGAUAUACUCACUAAACAUUAUGCUGAUGCAAUUGGUUUUGAUAUUGUUUUCUUUCUGCCUGAUAGUGAAGAUGAUUUUGCAUCAUAUACUGAAUUCCUUCGCUAUCUCAGUGCAAAAAAUCGUGCUGGUGUUGCCAAAUUUGUUGAUAACACCACAUUGUUCUUGGUGCCUCCUUCUGAUUUUCUCACUAGAGUUUUGAAAGUCAGUGGACCUGAGCGACUCUAUGGUGUAGUUCUGAAGUUUCCUCAAGUGGCAAGUAGUGCACCUAUGCAACAAGCAUCGAACUUGCCUGUACCGACAAGUCAGUUUAUGCAGCAAAUUCCUCCUUCACAUACUGAAUAUGGUUUGAUUCCUAUCAAAGAGGAACAGGUUGCGUCAAUGGAUUAUAACAGACAAUUGCGUGAGGAUUCUAAGCUUCCUAGUAAACCAGCCUACCCGCCUACAGGAGGGCCUCCUUCAGUUCAUUCUGUGCCUCCAGAUUAUGCUCCUAAUAAUGCUAUUGCUGGGUCCCAAGCAGGAGUUGCAUUAACUCCUGAGCUGAUUGCAACUUUAGCAUCUUUUCUCCCUUCGACUACACCAUCAUCUGCAACUGAUGGUGCCAAGCCUGGAGUAGGUUCCUCGACCAUGAAGCCUCCUUUUCCUCCUGUGGCACCAAAUGAUGGAAAUCAAUCCUAUAUAUGGAAACAGGACAGUCAAAGUGCUGAUCAAACCACUCAUCCUCCUCAACAGUUGAGAAGUAUGUAUAGCGUUCACAAUGCUCACUACCAGCCAUAUCCACCAGCAUCUGCUCCAGCUGGCAAUCCUGCUCAAGUGGUCUCUAGCAGUUCUCACAUCCAAGACACUGCAGCCAGCAUGCAUCAGCAAGGUGCCGUUUCAUCCAGACACAUGCCUAAUUUCAUGAUGCCCACUCAAAGCGGACAAGUAGCUGCAUCUCCUCAUGGCAGUCAGCAUUAUCAAGUUGAAGUCUCCCCAAGUAAUCAGAAAGGCUUUGGAAUUGUGCAGGGAACAGAUGCCUCUGUCUUAUACAAUUCUCAGGCAUUCCAGCAACCUAAUAACAAUCCACCGUCUUUCCAGCAACCUAAUAAUUCUAUUGCCUUAACUAAUCAAGUUAGUGGUGCUAAUUCUUCACAGCAGCAGACUGCCAAGCCAUAUACAGUAGACCAAGUAAACUCAGACACCCCAAAUCAGCAACUUUCUGUUUUUGGAGUCGGUCAAGGCACCCCAGAGGAGGCUGAUAAGAACCAGAGAUACCAGUCAACAUUACAGUUUGCUGCCAAUCUUCUUCUCCAAAUACAACAAAAGCAACAACAAGCCCCAGGAGGUCAUGGACCAGGAAUUCAACAAUGAGAUGCUUCCUGUAAUGGUCCUGCUUGUGAAGGUGACCCAGACUUGACGAUUGUUCAACAGCAAUUUCUAUUUAAUCAUUUAUUGUUUAGCCAACUUACUCUUUCAUUCUAACUUUUUUUACUCUACAAACUACCAAGGUGUAAGGUUGGUUUUUAUUGAUAAUACUGUUCAAUGUACAUAACAAUUUUCAUCUCACAUAUCGUUCCAACUGUUCUUUAAGCUAA